CUCUGCCUGUGCCCUGGGAAGUGGGGAUUCCAACUCGCGGAGGGAUGGAGCACGCGUCGUCGCCUGGGAAACGGAUCGACCCGCGGAAGGCGAGCGGGUGGGACUUCCGGAGCAGUUAAUGGUGGGGAAACUUCCUAGUGGAUGUGGGCGGAGGCGGGACUUCCUGCAGCAAACUGGGGCUGUGCGCCACUCAAGCCCGUUUACCUGCUCCCCAGGCCGGCACCCAGGAUGGGCGAGGUGGAGGCCCCGGGCCGCUUGUGGCUCGAGAGCCCCCCUGGGGGAGCGCCCCCCAUCUUCCUGCCCUCGGACGGGCAAGCCCUGGUCCUGGGCAGGGGACCCCUGACCCAGGUCACGGACCGGAAGUGCUCCAGAACUCAAGGUGGGCGGGGCCUGAGCUGGAGGGGGUGUGGCCUGUUGCGAAAGCGGGAACAAUCCAGAGGGACGCUUGGCUGCUACGCGGGAUUGCAGUGGUGCAGCCAGCCCCGAAGUCGGAAGGUGCUUUCUAGGGAGUACGGGAAGAGAAAAUUUGUGCUUGAUUUAGAACUAGCUAGAUCCUUUGGGGGAGAGGGGAUCGAGCGAAUUUCGGGAGGAUGUUCACUGCGCGGAUGAUACUCAGGCCAUCGGGAAAUCCAGAAACAGGCGACGACCCUUGUCAAGAGAAAAAUGAUCCUAUGGAGAAAAGUAAAUGUCGCAGGGUUGGGAUGGAUGGUAACAGGCCAAGCCCCGGACCUGUAUCUAGCCACAUUUUUUGUCAAGGAGGAAACCAAUUCUAUAGAGAAAAGUACCUCCCUGUCCCUUGCAAGGACCAGUGUCAGGCAAUCCUAGUGCCACCAUCUGGCUACUGCAUGUCAAGGAGCCAAUCCCGUGUAGAAAUAAACUGCCUCUUACUCCCUGGAUGCUAUAGCCUGAAGCAGGCCACAUUCCCCAGAAAUGAGGGAACCAACCACACAAGGAUGCGAAUCCUGACUCCACCCCUCCAAUCCUCAGUGGAGCUGGUCGCAGAUCCCCAGACCCGGACAGUGGCAGUGAAACAGCUGGGAGUUAACCCCUCAACUGCCGGAACCCAGGAGUUGAAGCCGGGGUUGGAGGGCUCUCUGGGGGUAGGGGACACACUGUAUUUGGUCAAUGGCCUCCACCCACUGACCCUGCGCUGGGAGGAGACUCGCACACCAGAAUCCCAGCCAGGUACUCCACCUGGCACCCCUCCGGUGUCCCAAGACGAGAAGAGAGAUGCUGAGCCGCGGAAGAAGCGUAUGCGGAAGUCAAACCCCGGCUGGGAGAACUUGGAGAAGUUGCUAGUGUUCACCGCAGCUGGGGUGAAACCCCAGGGCAAGGUGGCUGGCUUUGAUCUGGACGGGACCCUCAUCACCACACGCUCUGGGAAGGUCUUUCCCACUGGCCCCAGUGACUGGAGGAUCUUGUACCCAGAGAUUCCACGUAAGCUCAGAGAGCUGGAAGCUGAGGGCUACAAGCUGGUGAUCUUCACCAACCAGAUGAGCAUCGGGCGCGGGAAGCUGCCAGCUGAGGAGUUCAAGGCCAAGGUGGAGGCUGUGGUGGAGAAGCUGGGGGUCCCCUUCCAGGUGCUGGUGGCCACGCAUGCAGGCUUGUACCGGAAGCCGGUGACGGGCAUGUGGGACCAUCUGCAGGAACAGGCCAACGAGGGCGCGCCCAUCUCCAUCGGAGACAGCAUCUUUGUGGGAGACGCAGCCGGACGCCCGGCCAACUGGGCCCCCGGGCGGAAGAAGAAAGACUUCUCCUGCGCAGAUCGCCUGUUUGCCCUCAAUCUUGGCCUGCCCUUCGCCACACCUGAGGAGUUCUUUCUGAAGUGGCCAGCAGCCGGCUUCGAGCUCCCUACCUUUGAUCCCAGGACUGUCUCCUGCUCAGGGCCUGUCUGCCUCCCGGAGUCCAGGGCCCUCCUGAGCGCUAGCCCGGAGGUGGUUGUUGCAGUGGGAUUCCCUGGGGCCGGGAAGUCCACCUUUCUCAAGAAGCACCUCGUGUCGGCCGGAUACGUCCACGUGAACAGGGACACGCUAGGCUCCUGGCAGCGCUGUGUGACUGCGUGUGAGACAGCCCUGAAGCAAGGGAAACGGGUCGCCAUCGACAACACAAACCCGGACGCCGCGAGCCGCGCCAGGUACGUCCAGUGCGCCCGAGCCGCGGGCGUCCCCUGCCGCUGCUUCCUCUUCACGGCCACUCUGGAGCAGGCGCGCCACAACAACCGGUUUCGAGAGAUGACGGACUCCUCUCAUGUCCCCGUGUCAGACAUGGUCAUGUAUGGCUACAGCAGUUCCAGGCCCCAACGCUGGCCGAAGGCUUCUCUGCCAUCCUGGAGAUCCCGUUCCGGCUGUGCGUGGAGCCGAGGCUGGAGCGGCUGUACUGCCAGUUCUCCGAGGGCUGAGCCCCGCCCAGCUCCCCUCCACAAUAAAUGCUGUUUCUCCAUGAGCUUGGCCGGCAUUUUGCUGGAAGGAGGGUGGUCCCCAUGGGGGAGGGGCUCCAGGCCUGCCACAGUUUCUCACAUGGAUGGAGGCUUUAAGGACAUUUUCAGGUAACAAAAGGUGGGGCCCUACAGAGGGGAUUCCAGCUUUGCUGGGACCUGGCAUGGGCACUUUAGACAUUAGCCUGGGAACACACAGGGAAGGCACUGUGGCCCCUCGAGAGCCAGCUGGUGAGCCCAUGAGCCCCAACCGAAGGGCUGGCUCAAGGCCAGGUGUGACCCCUGAGGACAAAAUCCAGCUCAGGUUCUGUGACACUGAACUUGAACCCAAGGCCUGUCGGUCUGGAGAUUGGGGGCGGAGAGGGUGUG